AUGGCUCAAAAAUUUGGAUUUUAUAAUCCAAAUAAUGAUAACGAUCGCAAUAAUAAUGGUGAUUCGAAUCCACAAAACCAGAAUGGUAGCAACAAUAAUCAAAACACAGGCUAUUCACAACAUAAUAAUUCUAAUUUGAAUCAAAGAAGUCAAAGUGGUGAUCGUAAUAAUCAUAAUUCAGGUUCAUAUCGCGGUCAAAAUCGACAUAAUCAAGGUGGUCGUGGUGGUAGCAAUAAUUUUAAUUCUUCGAAUCAAAGAAGUCAAAGUGGUGAUCGUAAUAAUCAAAAUUCAAGUUCAUAUCGCGGUUCGAAUCGACCAAAUCAAAAUGGUUUCCGUAAUAAUCAAAACUCUGGUUCAUAUCAAAGGAAUUCUAAUAAUAGAAGAGGAUUUAAUACAUCUAAUGGUAAUUCGUCUGCUUCACUUUACGAUGCAACACUUUAUAAUUUUUUCGAUGGAACAAAACAUUUGCCAGAUUAUGGAUAUAGCGAUCAAGUAAUUACAUAUACAUUACCAAAUGGACAAUCGAAAAAAAUUUCAAAAUCAGUUAUCGAUAUAAUUGGUAUGAUAUUUAAAGAAGAUGAAAUGUUAGGAAUAAUAUCAGAAUAUUCUAUAAAUCCAUCAUUAAUUAUUGCGAAUAAAUUAACUGCUGAUAUGAUAUUGGAAGCAUUAAAAAAAUUAUCAUCAUUAGCAAUGUCAUUUGCAAAUCAUAUGAAUGGAAAUGGUAGUAGUAGUAGUGGUGGUGCAUUUGCAGUUUUUAAGAAAAAAAAAGAUCCACUUUCGGAUUUUUUGAAAUUAAUGCAAUUCAUUCAACAACCAGUUAUAACAACAACACAACAAAUUCAACAUUAUAGUCAUGGAUUAAAUGAUAUAUUAUUAAUAAAAGAUGCUCUUGAUAUUAUAAAUGAACAUCGAGGUGAUCCAAAUUUGUUUUAUAGAUAUUAUAAAGCAUUACAAACAAAAAUUCGACCAGUUGUUCAAGAUGAUGAUGAAUAUAAAAAAAUUUUAGAAUAUCUUGAAAAGUCUCAUGGUCCCACACAUGAUAAUUUUAGUUUAGAUAUUGUUGAUAUAUUUAAAAUAUCACGUCGUGCUGAAUUUAGAAAAUAUGAUCAUUUUAAGAAAAAUUUUGGUUUCCCAAAAUUAUUAUGGUUUGGUACAAGACGUACAAAUUAUCCAUCAAUUUUAUUAAAUGGAUUACAAAUAGCACCACAACAAUCACCAAGUAUUGGUAAUAUGUUUGGUAAAGGAAUAUAUUUUACUGAUUGUGUUUCAAAAGCAGCUAAAAAUUGUCGCGCCACUACAACUAAUCCUGAAGGAAUAUUAUUAUUGGCCGAAGUUGCUUUGGGUAAAACUUUAAAAUUAACAAAAGCAGAGGAUAUUACUUUUAUACGAAAUGGUAAAAAUAGCGUAAAAGGUCUUGGUAAAUAUGAACCAGAUAAAGAUCAACAUUUCUUAACACAUAAUGGUGUACAAGUUCCUCUUGGAAAUUUGAAAUAUAAUUCAUCUUUAACAACUGAUUUAAAUUACAAUGAAUAUGUUGUAUAUAAUCCUCAUCAAAUACUUCUACAGUAUUUGGUUCGAGUUAAAUUUAAUUUUAAAUAAAUUUAUGUUCAUCUAUAAUAUUCUUCAGGACAUAAAACAUUCUGACGUACAUAUAUAUAUAUAUAUACAUAUAUAUUAAAUGAAGUAAAAUAAUUCAAAAUCAAAUUAUCAUUAUUAAAUGUUACAUACAUACAAAUGUUUAAUUAUCUACAA